AAUUGCGAUAUUUCCCAAGUUCAUGCUUCUUAUUUACAUCGCCAAUUCUUUCUCUUAUAUGUUCUUUUCUCAUCUCUGUCCAGAAAUUUUCAUUAGUACCCAAUAAUGGGUGCCCAAGAAGAAAAACCUGAUGUCCCCAAAGAUAAUCCUGAAGUCCCCAGAGAUAUUGAUGCAAAGCAAAAGGCAAUCGAUGAUUGGCUUCCUAUCACUUCUUCAAGGAAUGCAAAAUGGUGGUACUCAGCCUUCCACAAUGUUACUGCCAUGGUUGGAGCUGGUGUCCUCAGCCUUCCAUAUGCAAUGUCAAAUCUUGGAUGGGGUCCUGGUACAGUAAUCCUGAUCCUAUCAUGGACCAUUACUUUAUACACCCUAUGGCAAAUGGUUGAGAUGCAUGAGAUGGUUCCUGGGAAACGAUUCGAUCGAUAUCAUGAGCUUGGUCAGCAUGCCUUUGGAGAAAAACUUGGUCUUUAUAUAGUAGUGCCUCAACAAUUAAUUUGUGAAGUAGGUGUAGACAUAGUCUACAUGGUUACUGGAGGAAGAUCGCUGCAGAAGGUCCACGAUAUAGUCUGCAAAAACUGCAAACCAAUAAAAACAACUUACUUUAUAAUGAUUUUCGCCUCUGUUCAUUUUGUACUUGCUCACCUCCCCAAUUUCAACUCCAUCUCUGGGGUAUCUUUGGCUGCAGCAGUCAUGUCUCUGAGUUACUCUACCAUUGCAUGGGCAGCUUCCAUCCACAAGGGUCGUCAGCCAGAUGUGCAAUAUGGCUACAAAGCCGCAACCACUCCAGGAACAGUAUUUGACUUCUUUACUGCAUUAGGUGAUGUAGCUUUUGCCUAUGCUGGGCAUAAUGUGGUGUUGGAGAUUCAAGCAACAAUCCCUUCUACCCCAGAGAAGCCAUCCAAAGGUCCAAUGUGGAAGGGAGUAGUCAUUGCCUACAUAGUUGUGGCUUUGUGCUACUUCCCAGUUGCUCUUAUAGGGUACUACAUGUUUGGCAAUAAAGUUGAAGACAAUAUUCUCAUCUCAUUAGAGAAACCAACAUGGCUUAUAGUCGCUGCUAAUAUGUUUGUUGUUGUCCAUGUUAUAGGAAGCUAUCAGUUAUAUGCAAUGCCUGUUUUCGACAUGAUAGAAACAUUGCUGGUAAAGAAGCUGCAUUUCAAGCCUAGUACUACUCUUCGAUUCAUCACUCGCAAUUUAUAUGUUGCAUCCACAAUGUUUGUUGCCAUAUGCUUUCCUUUCUUUGGUGGCCUUCUGGGAUUCUUUGGAGGAUUUGCUUUUGCCCCAACAACUUACUUUCUCCCCUGCAUCAUUUGGCUUGCAAUCUACAAACCAAAGAGGUUCAGCCUUUCAUGGUUUACCAACUGGAUCUGCAUUAAACUUGGCAUCUUCUUGAUGAUUUUAUCUCCUAUUGGGGGAUUAAGGAAUAUCAUACUUAAAGCCAAGGACUACGAGUUCUUCUCUUGAUCAAUUCUUGCACAUCAGACAGACUGAUAUCUAU